CCCAACUCAUUUCAAUUCAAAAGCUCUCUCUCUCUCUCUCUCUCUCUCUCUCUCUCUCUGUGUAUCUCUCUUUCUCUUCUCUCUGUAAACUCAACAUUUCCAGCUCCAAAUAUUCGAAUCAAAAUUAAAAUUUAAAAUACAAAACUUUGCACUUCGCUUCUGAAUUGAAUGGAGGCAAUCAGAAAACAAGCCACGAAGCUAAGAGAACAAGUCGCCAGGCAACAACAGGCUGUCUUCAAACAGUUUGGGGGUGGGGGAUAUGGAGGUUCGGACAAUGUUAUAACUGACGAGGCAGAACUCCACCAACAUCAGAAACUUGAGAGGCUUUACAUUUCAACACGUGCUGGCAAGCAUUUUCAAAGGGAUAUUGUUCGUGGUGUUGAGGGAUAUAUUGUUACGGGAUCCAAACAAGUUGAAAUAGGAGCAAAAUUGUCAGAGGAUAGCAGGAAAUAUGGUUCUGAAAAUACUUGUACCAGUGGUAAUACAUUAUCAAAAGCUGCAGUGAAUUAUGGACGAGCUCGUGCUCAAAUGGAAAAGGAGCAUGGGAAUCUCUUGAAAGCUUUAGGCACACAGGUUGCAGAACCACUGAGAGCAAUGGUAAUGGGAGCUCCAUUGGAGGAUGCACGACAUCUUGCUCAACGUUAUGACAGAAUGAGACAAGAAGCUGAAGCUCAGGCUAUUGAAGUUUCAAAACGACAAGCUAAAGUUAGAGAAACACCAGGCAAUCCCGAGCUUGCUAUGAAAUUGGAAAGUGCAGAAGCAAAGCUGCAUGAUUUGAAGUCAAACAUGGCAAUCUUGGGGAAGGAAGCUGCUUCAGCAAUGGCUGCUGUUGAAUCUCAGCAACAAAGACUGACUCUCCAGCGACUUAUCGCUAUGGUUGAAGCAGAGCGCACUUAUCAUCAGAGAGUCCUUCAGAUACUUGAUCAGCUUGAAAGCGAGAUGAUAUCAGAGCGACAACGGAUUGAAGCUGCUCCUAUCCCAAGUGUGGAAAGCCCCAUGCCUCCACCACCAGCAUAUGAAGAAGUUAAUGGCGUAUAUGCUUCUCAAACAAACAAUGGAUCAACAGAUGGCAUGGGUUACUUCCUAGGGGAGGUUGUGCAUCCAUAUCAAGCCGAAUCCGAUGUGGAGUUGACUUUGUCAGUUGGUGACUAUGUGGUGAUUCGAAAGGUGACAAAUAAUGGUUGGGCAGAAGGAGAAUGUAAAGGCAAAGCAGGAUGGUUCCCAUUUGGGUAUGUUGAAAGAAGGGAUCGUGUUCUUGCAAGCAAAAUGGCCGAAGUGUUCUAAAGUUUUCCAAUGGGGUCAGCAGCUUCUGUGCAGAUUUUGUAUGUGUGUAUGUUUUUGCCUAAUUUGUACUCAAAGCUCGAGCAUGUUUUAUCGCAAAUAGAAGAAAACCGAUCUUUUGACUGCUCUUUCGACAUGUGAUAUAGUUACCCUCAGAUAUCCCUCUGUUCCAAUUGGUAUAUGAAUGCCUUUCAUAUAUUAUUUAUUUAAUUUUUUGGUACUA